AGAGAGAGAGAGAAGAGCUAGAAAAAGAGAAAGAGAGGAUAUUUGGAUAUUUUCUUGAAAGCUGAAGUCGGCGUCUUUGGCUCAAAACCCUCAUCACUUCAUCUCUUGUGCUUCUUCCUCAGUAGAGAGAGAAGUAUAUUUACAGAGAGAGAUGGAUUCAGAUCAAGGGAAGUUGUUUAUAGGAGGAAUAUCAUGGGAUACAACAGAAGAAAAGUUGACUGAAUAUUUUGGAAAGUAUGGAGAAGUAGUACAAACUGUGAUCAUGCGUGAUAAGAUUACAGGAAGACCCAGAGGUUUUGGCUUUGUUGUUUUUGCAGAUCCUUCUGUUCUUGAUAUGGUUCUUCAAGAUAAACAUACCAUUGAUGGUAGAACGGUUGAAGCUAAAAGAGCUUUAUCAAAAGAAGAGCAGCACACUUCUGUUAAAUCUGGAAACCCUACUGCAGGUAGAAAUUUUGGAGGUGGGGGUAAUAUUAAGACAAAGAAGAUAUUUGUAGGAGGAUUGCCUCCAACCUUAACUGAGGAUGGUUUCCGUUCAUAUUUUGAGCAGUAUGGUACUGUAACAGAUGUAGUAGUUAUGUAUGAUCAAAGUACUCAGAGGCCUCGUGGAUUUGGUUUCAUCUCCUUUGAGUCUGAAGAUUCUGUCGAUAAUGUUCUUACAAAGUCCUUCCAUGAUUUGAAUGGGAAACUUGUGGAGGUUAAACGAGCUCUUCCAAAAGAUGCAAACCCUGGCGGGGGAGGUAAUGGUGGUGGACGUUCAGGUGGCGGUGGUUACCAAGGUUAUGGUGGUUCAGGUGGAAAUGGUGGUGCAUAUGAUGCACGUAUGGAUGCUAAUAGGUAUGUGCAACCUCAAGCCGGUGGAGGUGGGUUUCCAUAUGGUUCUGCUGGCUAUGGUGGCGGCGGCUAUGGAUAUGGGGCUGCAAACAACGGUGUGGGCUAUGGUGGUUAUGGUUAUGGUGGUGCUAGUGCUGGAUUCAGUGGUCCUGCUGGACCUUAUGGAAAUCCCAAUGCUCCAAAUGCUGGCUAUGUGAGUGGGCCACCUGGUGCACCUAGGAGCCCAUGGGGUGCCCAAGCUCCUUCUGGUUUUGGUUCUGCUGGAUACGGUGCUAAUGCAGGCUAUGGAAAUACAGUACCUUGGAAUGCUUCAGGUGCUGGUGGUGCUGCAGGUAGUGCUGGUGCAGGUUCUGCACCGACAGGUCAAUCUCCAAGUGGUGCUGCUGGUGGUUUUGGUAGUCAAGGUUAUGGAUAUGGUGGAUAUGGUGGGAGUGAUGGAUCUUAUGCUGCAAAUCAAGGUUCUUACGGGGCUGUAGGAGGGCGUGCUGGUAGUACCCCUACUAGCAAUGGUGGUGCCUCCGGUGGCGGGGGAGAGCAGCAAGGGUCAGGGUAUUUCGGUGGUGAUGCUAAUUCAGGUUUUUGGAGGUCUGACGCCUCACAAGCAGGAGCUUAUGGAGCUGCUCAAGCAACCUCAGGUGGGCAAAUGGGUUAUGGUGGUAGUGGGUAUGGAGGUGCUCAGUCUAGGCAGGCUCAACAGCAGUAAAUUACGGAUCGCUUCUGAAACUUCUACUAGAUGUUCUAGUACGAGGAAAGCUUUCUUCCUGCAGCCAUGCAUUGAUGAUUCUGAUUUUGCCGUGAACCCUACUCACGAAGGGAGUGGCCGUGCAGGAUGACAACAGAUUUUGAGACUGGUUGGAUUGCUUUUUGCAGUUUUUCUUAUUUUGCUAGUUUAUAAAAAUUACUAUUGAUAGCUACUUUUUCCCUAGUAUUCUAAUUCAAGCUGUAGUGUUAAAUUCUGUGUGUUUAGUUAUGUUAUGGUACUACCUGACUUCCUGCUCUUAUUUUCCCUUAUUUAGUCGUUCAUGCAAGCCUUUAACUCUCUGCGUACACAGUGUAGAUGCUAAUAAUGUUCCAUCUAACAUGGGUGGAUUUACAUUCUUCUUACAGCCAAUUUUCGAACAGUCCUUGUACGAUGCUAUAAAAAAUCCAUCUAACCUGGUGAACAGCCACAUUAACUGGUAUUUUGUUUGUCAUUUGAAUACCUCUCAUAGAAUUAUUUGUGUUUAGAUGUGAGACAUGCUUCCAUGCAUUGGUAGAACCUCUAGUUUAAUACCAUAUAGCGAUAACGAGUGUAGCCCCAGUGAUAAUGGCAAUGGGUCUCUGUUGCAUGUUUUGCUGUCCUUUUAGUCUCAGUGGUUUAAAUAGCUUUUUGGGUGCUGAAGAUGAUUUCAAUUGUUAAGUAUAGAAGUUCUGCAGUAAAGGAACUUUGGUUGGUAGCAAGCUUAUCUCUGAUUGUGCAGGUGCAGCUCACGAGAAAUCACAUACUUCUGUGUAACAAGUUAAGUCUGAGUAGACUGUAGGUUACUUUAUCCCACUAGAUUUAUGUAAGUAGAGUAAGAUAGAAAAGUACAAUGACUAAUCACAUUUCUGAUUUAGUUAUAUUGUCUUUUUUCAAUUAUUGGUUGCAGACCUCAAAGAAGAUUGAGAAACAUUGAGUGUAGUUGGAGGUCACCUAAAAUGGUUCACAUUCUAGUAUGUUGUGAUGGGGGUAAUGCAGGAAGUCCCCAGCUGGGUUUAUUUGCAGAGAUCACAGUGGUAGUGUUCUUGAAGCUACAGAGCUGCUGGUCUUGGAUUGCAACUAAUUAUCUCUGCAGAAAUCAUGGCUAUAAUUCCAAGUCUCGAACUGAUGGGUAUGUAUGAAGAGGCAGAUUCACACGAGACUAACUCAGAUUCAAGAGCAGCAAUUCAGCUUUCCAGAAGAUUGGAGUUCCAUUGGAGGAGCGCAGAGUAUGGUAUUGUCAUGUUAUUAGGUGGGCAACUUUUCAGCUGAUAAGGUUCAAUUUGAUUGUGGUGAAUCAGUGAAUGUCAAAUUUUUAACUCUGGAUGAGGUUUUGAAUGGAAGGGAUCUUCUCUCUUUUUUGUAAAA